GUUUUCAAUUCAACGUUUCUGAGCAAAUGUCGGCUAUUGCCUUUUAGUUAAGAGUGUUAUAUAUUUAGCAAAAUAACAUUUAUUUUUGCGCGUUUUAUGAUUUUAUGACAUCGAUUUUAUAAACCAAAGAUUAGAUUGGCAAUCAAGUGAAAAAACAAUCAAUUGCCAUGCUGUUCGCUCUUCUCGUUGUGGGCGUGGUCUUGGCCUUGGCCUACAACUUCUAUUACAACAAGUACACCUAUUGGACCCGAAAAGGGGUACCCAAUGAGCCUCCUCUACCCCUGAUUGGUAACAUGAAGGGCCUGGCGAAAAAGUAUCACCUCCGAGACAUCAUUCAAAGAUUCUACGAACAGUUCAAGGGAAAAUCUCCCAUAGCUGGGUUGUUUAUGUUCUUCAAGCCGACUGCCAUGAUCAUGGACUUGGAUCUUAUCAAGCAAGUCCUGAUUAAGGAUUUCCAUCACUUUCAAGACCGCGGCUUAUUCAAUAAUCCCGAGGAUGACCCGCUGACGGGUCACCUAUUGAACCUGCAGGGUGAAGAGUGGAAGGCCAUGAGGCAAAAACUGACACCCGUGUUCACAUCUGGAAAAAUAAAGCAGAUGUCCGAGGUGGUCGUCGAGGUGGCUCAUCACCUGGUGGACACUAUGGACAAGGAGGUGACCCAUGCUGCCGUGGACGAUGGUGACAUUGAGAUCAAGGAAAUCUGUGCUCGGUACACCACCGAUGUGAUUGGCACCUGUGCCUUCGGUCUGGAGUGCUACAGUCUUAAGGACCCCCAAGCCGAGUUCAGGAAAAAAGGACGUAUGAUCCUAGAGACUCCUCGCCACUCGAUGCUUGUGCAAUUAUUCAUCUUAACCAACGGCAAGUUGGCCAAGCAAUUGCGGAUGAAAGUAUUACCCGAUGAGCUGACUGAGUUUUUCCUUUCUGCCGUAAAAAGUACAGUAGAAUAUCGUCUUAAGAAUAACAUCAAGAGAAACGACUUCAUGGAUCAAUUAAUUCAACUUCGAGCCGAGGAUCAAGAGGCUGCUAAAAAGGGAAAGGGAAUUGACUUGUCCCAUGGCUUGACCAUCGAGCAAAUGGCUGCCCAGGCUUUUGUGUUCUUUGUAGCUGGAUUCGAAACCUCGUCGAGCACCAUGGGCUUCUGUUUAUACGAAUUGGCCUUGCAGCCGGACAUUCAGGAUCGAGUGAGGGAGGAGAUCCAAAGUGUGCUUAAUGGUGGCGAGAUUACCUACGAUGCUCUGGCUCAGAUGACCUACCUGGAACAAGUUAUAGCUGAAACUCUACGGAAACAUCCCAUUAUAUCGUCGCUUUUGCGUGAAACAAAUCUGGACUAUAAAGUGCCAAAUACUAACGUUAUUAUCGAAAGGGGUUCUACGGUUUUGAUACCCAUUCACAAUAUCCAUCACGAUCCAGAGCUGUAUCCGAAUCCAGAAUUAUUCGACCCCAGUCGCUUCGACCCUGAGGAAGUUAAGUCCCGUCAUCCGUUUUCGUAUUUGCCAUUCGGGGAUGGACCAAGGAAUUGCAUUGGCUUGCGAUUUGGAAAAAUGCAGGCCAAGAUCGGUUUGGUCUCCCUGCUGCAACGUUUUAAGUUUGGAGUUUCCAAGAGGACCGAAAUACCCUUGAUCUUGGAUACCCGAAGUCCGUUUUUGUCUGCAAAGAAUGGCAUUCAUUUAAAGCUGGAGAGGAUCUAGUCAGAAAAGGAUAACUAUUUUAAUUUAGCUUUAUGUAUUAAGUACCAAAGAAAGAGUUUUUGUUUUAAAUGUGGAAUUCCUAACAUGACCAAAUAAAUUGUUUACCUGAAAUAAUUUUCAA